CAGGCACCAUGGGCUUCCUCCAGCGCUGCGUGGCGCGGAGCUUGCUGCUGCGAGGGCAGCGGAGCCUGGGCUUCAGCGAGAGACUCCUGCCGCUGGCCGCUGCGCCCUCCCAUCGCCUCCCGGGGGGGCGGCGGCGGCGGCUGUACAGCACCGGCAUAGCCGGGCUGCAGGAGCGCACCCUGAUAGCCGUGAAGCCGGAUGGGGUUCAGAGGAGGCUGGUGGGGGACGUCAUCAAACGCUUUGAGAAACGGGGCUUCAAGCUUGUGGGCCUCAAGUUGCUCCAGGCCAAUGAAGGGAUCCUGUCGGAACACUACCACGAGCUGCGCAGGAAGCCGUUCUACCACGAGCUGAUUCAGUACAUGACCUCAGGACCUGUGGUGGCCAUGGUCUGGGAAGGUUACAACGUUGUCAAGACCACCAGAGCCAUGGUGGGGGAGACGAACCCUGCGGAAGCCAAGCCAGGCACUGUCCGGGGAGACUUUAGUGUCCAUGUCAGCAGGAAUGUCGUCCAUGCCAGUGAUUCCGUGGAGACAGCCCAGAGGGAGAUCAGCCUUUGGUUCCGCAACAACGAGUUGAUAGACUGGGAUUGCUGUGAUCACAAAAUCAUGUACGAACUCUGAGAGCCUGGCUUUGCCCACACCCUGGUGCCGGAUCUACUACUACCUCUGCUAACGUGUUGCCUUUGAUCCGUGUUCGGGCCCUUUGGGCUGGGGAAAUGGAUGCAGGUCUUCAUCCACUUAGCCUCUGCUCUGGGUAGCAGGGGGCACCUCUCGCACAGCCCAUUUCACUAGCUGCCGAGUGCAUCGGACUUACCGUAGGGGCUGUUGUUUGGAAAUACUGACAGACGUGGCAGGAAAACCGUGGAAUACGGGUCUUCAUAGUAUUCACAUUAAAAGCUGAUUUGUACAAACCGGA